GCACUUUGAUGGAGUUGGGCAUCUCCCCCAUCGUGACCUCCGGCCUCAUCAUGCAGCUCCUGGCUGGAGCCAAAAUCAUUGAAGUGGGCGAUACCCCAAAAGACCGAGCCCUGUUCAACGGCGCUCAGAAGUUGUUCGGCAUGAUUAUCACCAUUGGCCAGGCCAUCGUGUACGUCAUGACGGGGAUGUAUGGGGACCCUUCCGAGAUGGGGGCCGGAAUUUGCCUUCUGAUUAUCAUCCAGUUGUUUGUUGCUGGCUUGAUAGUCCUGCUGCUGGAUGAGCUUCUCCAGAAAGGGUAUGGCUUGGGAUCCGGCAUUUCCCUCUUCAUUGCCACCAACAUCUGUGAGACGAUAGUUUGGAAGGCCUUUAGCCCCACCACCAUUAACACGGGCAGAGGUACGGAAUUCGAGGGGGCCGUCAUUGCCUUGUUCCACCUCUUGGCCACGCGCACCGACAAAGUCCGCGCUCUGCGGGAAGCCUUUUACCGCCAGAACCUGCCAAAUCUCAUGAACCUGAUCGCGACCGUCUUUGUCUUUGCCGUAGUCAUAUACUUUCAGGGAUUCCGAGUUGAUCUCCCGAUCAAGUCUGCCCGCUACCGGGGUCAGUACAGCAGCUACCCCAUCAAGCUCUUUUAUACUUCCAACAUCCCCAUCAUCCUCCAGUCCGCCUUAGUGUCCAACCUCUACGUCAUUUCGCAGAUGCUGUCCGUGCGCUUCAGCGGCAACUUCCUGGUCAAUUUACUUGGCCAGUGGGCGGACGUUAGCGGGGGCGGCCCAGCGCGCUCCUAUCCGGUGGGGGGUCUCUGCUAUUACCUCUCCCCCCCGGAAUCCAUGGGGGCCAUCUUCGAGGAUCCGGUCCACGUGAUUGUGUAUAUUGUAUUUAUGCUGGGCUCUUGUGCCUUUUUCUCCAAGACGUGGAUCGAAGUGUCCGGAUCUUCAGCCAAAGACGUAGGUGGUUUUGUUCGGGAAUUCCAAGCGCCACAAAACGGAGCAGAUCUCCAUUAAAAAGGAAUUUUCUUCCUCUUUUUUCCCUUUAGGUACAUCCCGACAGCAGCGGCCUUCGGAGGGUUGUGUAUCGGGGCGCUCUCGGUCCUGGCUGACUUCCUGGGGGCCAUCGGCUCCGGCACCGGGAUUCUGCUGGCGGUCACGAUCAUUUACCAAUAUUUUGAGAUCUUUGUCAAAGAACAGGCGGAAGUCGGAGGCGUGGGGGCGUUGUUUUUCUAAACAGACCGGCAAUUCCGCCUGUCUUGUGACAAAAAGGAGAAGAACGUCCUUCGACCUCGCCCGAAUCCAAUAAUGCCAUUUUGAUUUAAUUUCUCCCUCCCCCCCUUUUUUUUUCAAAACGAGUCACCCUAUUUGUUUCUAAAUGGGGGCCCCGCCCGGCUUCAGAGCUGGCUGCCUUAAAAGAAUCCAAAGUUUACAUUGUCUUGGUUUAAAAAAGAAAUAUUAAUAUUCCAAAAAAUUAUAACUCUCUCUCUCUCUCUUUCUCUCGCGUGUGGCCUGUAAGGUUGGAAGACAUAAUUCUCUCCUCUCCGGCCCUCGAGGGAAGAAUGGCGGGUGGCCAUUUCGUUGCACUUUUGCACACUUGGUGGGCGUGCAAACAUAUCUACUACGCACAUCCCGUUGCAAAGAUUUCCGAAUUGCCCCAAACGGCGUAGGGCUUAUUUAAUAAAAAAAUAAAAAUAGGUCCCGUUUCCUUCCUCGAAAUCUAUAUUUUAUCAUAAAUUGCUUUUUUCUAUAUUCAAAGGGAAAACACAACACCUCCCCCCCUC